AUCAAAAUAGCGAGCGGUAAGCGGAUUUCUUCAUAAACGCCGUACCUGUUUUAUUGCAAAAAUACACAAGUACAACAUUCAGUCAAAUAAAAUAUUGUAUGCUUUGUUCCUGUGAACAAUAAUGUUAUCAUAUUAACCAUUGCUUAUAAUCAACAAAGGGUUUAAAUCAACAUGACUUCAAUCAUCAAAUUACACUGUCUCUCCGGAGCUGGAGACGAGUCUCCACCAUGCUACGUGCUCCAAAUAGAUGAGUUCAAGAUCCUCCUAGACUGUGGAUGGGACGAAAAAUUUGAUAUGGACUUUAUAAAGGAAUUAAAAAGACAUGUUAAUAGUAUAGAUGCUGUACUUCUUUCACAUUCUGACCCGCUACAUCUUGGUGCAUUGCCAUAUGCAGUAGGAAAACUUGGGCUGAACUGCCCUAUAUAUGCCACACUUCCCAUUUACAAAAUGGGACAAAUGUUCAUGUACGACUUAUACCAGGCUCACAGAAAUGUUUCUGACUUUGACUUAUUUACAUUGGAUGAUGUUGAUGCUGCAUUUGACAGAAUUCAACAGUUAAAAUAUAACCAGAGUGUUAAUAUGAAAGGCAAGGGUCUUGGAAUUCGUAUAACACCAUUACCAGCUGGUCACUCUCUUGGUGGUACGGUGUGGCGUAUAGCAGCCCCAGGGGAAGAAGAUAUAGUGUAUGCUCCAGACUUCAAUCACAAAAAAGAACGGCAUCUUAACGGUUGUGAGAUCGAAAGGUUGAUGAGACCUUCACUGUUGUUACUUGGUGCUAUGAAUGCUGAUUACGUUCAACAAAGGAGAAGAUUGAGAGAUGAAAAACUCAUGACCACAAUUCUUACGACUCUCCGUGGAGGUGGGUGCGUACUGGUUUGCACCGAUACUGCUGGUCGAGUUCUAGAGCUGGCUCACAUGUUGGAUCAGCUGUGGAGGAAUCGUGACUCAGGGCUUGUUGCAUACUCCUUACUGCUGCUGUCCAACGUUAGCUACAAUGUUGUGGAAUUUGCUAAAUCACAAAUAGAAUGGAUGAGUGAUAAACUAACGCGGGCUUUCGAAGGCGCUCGCAGCAAUCCGUUCGCGUUGCGUCAUCUCCAACUAUGUCACUCUGUAGCUGAGGUGACCAGAACUCCGGGCCCCAAGGUGGUGCUGGCUUCCUUUCCGGACCUGGAAGCUGGGUUUGCAAGAGAUCUCUUCUUACAAUGGGCUCCGCACCAGCAGAAUUCUAUUGUAUUGACUGCUAGAACAUCCCCGGGCACAUUGGCACGCGAUCUAGUAGAGAAGGGCGGUGAUCGCACCAUAGAGCUGGUGAUCAGGAAGCGGUUAAGGCUGGAAGGCGCCGAGCUGGAGGAAUUCCUGCAGCAGCAGAAACAACGGGUUCAUCAUAAUAAUACUAUCAAGGAGGAAACCACCGGCAUCUCUUCUGAUUCCGACUCUGACGGCGAGUUAGAGAUGUGGGUGGUGACCGGCCGGCACGACAUUCCGGUCCGGCACGACACGCGGCCGUCCGGCUGUUUCAAGUCCAACAAGCGGCAUCACGCCAUGUACCCGUUUCACGAGGACCGGAACCGGAAUGACGACUACGGAGAGAUCAUCAAGCCGGAAGAUUACAGACUCGCUGAGAUAGUGGAUGCUGAAGGGGAGAUCCGAGAUGUGCCGCCCGCGCCGCCGCAGAAACAGGAACCGGAAGAGGAAAUGACCGAAAUACCGAGCAAAUGCGUGACCUCAGUCCGGCAAGUGUCAAUAAAGGCGAAUAUCCAAUACAUCGAGCUGGAAGGGCGGUGCGACGGCGAGUCGUUGCUGCGCGUCGUGGCGCAAGCGAAACCGCGCUCUAUCGUCGGCCUGAGGGCGCCGGAGCCCGCGUUAAUGGCGCUCAAAAAAUAUUGUGAGGCUGAGAAUAUAGAGAACAUAUUUAUUCCAAACAAGGGGGACAUUAUUGAUGCCACCACAGAAUCUCACAUAUACCAGGUGAAGCUGACAGACGCGCUGAUGAGCGGGUUGGUGUGGCGGCCAUGUGGCGACGCGGAGCUGGCGUGGCUGUCGGCCGCGUGCUGCCCGCGCGCCAUGCGCCCGCUGCCCGACGACGAGUCUACAUCAGACGUUUUAAUGUCCCUGGAACCGGCAGAAGGCACCGCUCAUACGGCUUCCUUCAUUAACACCGUGAAAUUGUCGGAACUGAGGACGGCCAUCGCUAAAAUAGGACUCAAUACUGAGUUCUCGGGCGGAGCUCUGGAAUGCUGUAACGGGACUAUAGCCAUUAGGAGGUUGGAAAAUGGCAGAGUAGCACUGGAAGGAGUCCUCUCCGAAGAGUAUUACAAGGUGCGCGAGCUACUAUACGACCAAUUCGCUAUCGUGUAGUAUAAUACAACGCACCUGACUGAAUAACUGAUAAUUAUGUAAAUAAAUAUUUUUUUAAGGAUA